AUGCCGGAACUGGCGCGGUCAAUUCCCCGCUCCUGGACCUCGACCCUCAAACUUCCUAAAUCCUCAUUUCCUCCACGUGUGUCCCCCGUCGAUCGGACGAAAUACCUGAAACGAUGCACCGAUGAACUCUACGCCUGGCAACGCCGCGAAAGACCCGCCGACCAACCAUUUGUCUUACAUGAUGGUCCACCAUAUGCAAACGGCGAUCUUCAUAUUGGACAUGCACUCAACAAGAUCUUGAAGGAUAUCAUCUGUCGUGUACAAUUGGGUCGCGGAAAAAGAGUGCGCUACGUGCCAGGCUGGGAUUGCCAUGGGUUGCCCAUCGAGCUUAAGGCUCUCCAAGGCCUGCGCGACAUCGACAUUACGAAUGGAUCGAUCAGCCCGGCGGUAAUUCGCAAAUCCGCGCGGCAAUUGGCAAGACAAACUGUAAAGGAACAGAUGAAGGGCUUCCGUGGGUUCGCGGUCAUGGCUGACUGGGAGAACCACUGGAAGACAAUGGACAAACAAUUCGAGAUGCGACAAUUGGGUAUCUUUCGGGAGAUGGUGGACCGAGGUCUUAUCUACCGCAAGUUCAAACCGGUUUACUGGUCACCUUCGACGGGUACGGCUCUUGCGGAAGCAGAAUUGGAAUACCAGGACGACCACAUCUCGACCGCCGCCCUGGUCAAGUUUCCUCUUGUUGACAUCCCCUCGCAUCUUUCUGAAAACCCUCUUCUCCGCGGAAAGGAUUUGAGUGCUGUAAUUUGGACCACUACCCCCUGGACGCUGCCUGCCAAUGCUGCUAUCGCAGUCAGUGACUCUUUGGAAUACGCUAUUGUCUUGUCGGAAACACAUGGUCAUCUUCUUAUCGCCCAAUCCCGGUUUGAAUAUCUCCAGAAGAUGCUGAAAGAAGAACUGUCUAUCAUUGUGCCGUCUGUUAUGGGAUCCGAGCUAGCAGAGAGAACUACAUAUCGGCCUCUGUUCAAGGGACCCGAAGCUCAAGCGCAACCCAUCAUUUCUGCAGACUUUGUUACGGCUGAUUCUGGCUCUGGUAUGGUUCAUUGCGCGCCCGGUCACGGAAUGGAUGAUUACGAAGCGUGUCUUGCGCGUGGCAUCCCUGUGUUUGCUCCUGUCAAUGACGAGGGCAAGUUCACAGAGAAGGCCAUGCCUCUGGAUCCUACACGGCUGACUGGAAAGCCUGUCUUGGGAGAAGGUAAUACUGCGGUAUUGGAAUGGGUCGAAUCAUGUGGUCAGUUGCUUGCCCAGCAUAAAUACGAGCACAAAUACCCUUACGAUUGGCGUUCUAAGCUUCCGAUCAUUGUCCGGGCCACCGAGCAGUGGUUUGCCGAUGUGGCCGAUAUCCGCAGCAGUGCUCUCCGGGCCUUGGAAGAUGUUCGUUUCGUGCCUGAGACUGGAAAACACCGGCUGGAGAACUUUGUGAAGAACCGCAGUGAAUGGUGCAUCUCGCGUCAACGUGCAUGGGGUGUUCCAAUUCCUGCAAUCUAUCACCGGACUACUGGAGAGGCUGUUUUGACCAAGGAUAGUGUCUCACAUAUCAUGGCCACCAUUGAAGAGCGUGGCAUUGAUGCCUGGUGGACCGACAGUGCGGAUGAUGCUGCAUGGAUUCCUCCCUCUUUGCGAGACGAGCCUGGAGCGGGGUAUCGCCGUGGAACGGAUACCAUGGACGUUUGGUUUGACAGUGGUACCAGUUGGGCAGAGAUCGAUGUUCCCACUGAAGGACGGAGCCAUCCCGCCGACGUGUAUCUCGAGGGUACCGAUCAGCACCGUGGCUGGUUCCAGUCCGGACUCCUCACGUAUAUUUCGCACCAACUCGGCUCGGGUGAAACUACGACACCUCGUGCGCCAUUCAAAAACCUCAUCACCCAUGGGUUCACUUUGGAUGAAGAUGGGCGAAAGAUGAGCAAGUCCAUUGGCAACGUGAUCCACCCGCAAACCAUCAUGGAUGGAACUCUGCUGCCUCCUCUCAAACCCCGCAAAGGCAAAGGGAAGAAGCAACCCGAAAACCAAGAACCAGUGUACGACGCUCUUGGUCCCGAUGCGCUUCGCAUGUGGGCGGCGAGCAGUGACUACACACGCGACGUUGUGAUUGGAAAACAGGUUCUCCAGACCGUCAAUACCAGUCUCCAUAAGUUCCGUGUCACCUUCAAAUUACUGCUGGGAGCCCUUGCCGAUUUCCGUCCAGAAAAUGUUCUCCCGUACGAACAGCUGCAGCUAGUAGACCGAAUUGCCUUGAAGCAUCUCUCGGAUAUGGUCCUCACGUCGCAAAAGGCAUGCGACAAUUUUGAAUUCUACAAAGCUGUCAACACUAUGAACCGCUGGGCCAACCUUGAGUUUUCUGCUUUCUAUAUGGAGGCGAUCAAGGACCGGCUUUACACCCUUGGCGAGGAUAGCACAAGUCGUCGGGCCGCGCAGACGACCUUGUUCUACAUCUAUCGUUAUCUACAAGAGGUGCUGGCCCCUAUCACGCCCGUUCUUGUGGAAGAAACAUGGGAACAUACCCCCGAGUCCAUUCGCUCUCAAUCCGAGCACCCCCUGCGGCGUCUCGUUUCUACCCCUGCUCGGGAAUGGCAGGAUUCAUCCCUGGAUACGAGCUACCAGGAGCUGACGGUGGUCCACUCCACCAUCAAGAACUUGCAAGAGCAGGCCCGCAGUAAAAAGCAGCUUGGCUCCUCCUUGCAAUCCUUUGUCCAUAUUGUGCUGCCCAGUGGCUCCGAAUUGUUCCAGCAAUACUUGUCGGAGCUCCCCGAUCUCUUUGUUGUGUCUUCCAUCACCCUGGCAUCCCAUGGUGAUCCUCUGCCGGCUGGGAUCAGCGAUGCCGAAUGGAAAUAUGAAGAAAGCUUUGAGCUAGGUGGUCAACAAGGUCAAGUGUACGUGCACGCGCCCGAGGCCUCCAAGUGCCCCCGGUGCUGGCGGUACGCCAUUCCAGAGCCGGUGGCGAUCGAAAAUGCGAUCUGCGACCGGUGUGAUACAGUAGUGCAUGGGCUGGAGGCCAAUGCCUAG